AAUCGACGUGAUCGUGUCGAGUGUGGAUCGACAAUUCCAAGCAACACGAUGUUGUUCCUGACCGUGACAGCAUGUUUGGUCAUCACGGUCCAGGCCGGAUGCCCCAUGAGGCCCACACCUGAACAAACCACCGCUACCAGGACCACCGGAGACGGUGGCUACAGGAUUCUCGUUAGCGGAGACGGUAACACGUAUAUUCCCAACGCUGUCUACACAAUCAGUUUGCAAGGAUCGAGAACGCAUGAAAGGUUGCAACAGUUCACGCGUUUCACGGUUUCCGUGCAUUCCCAGCAUGCACCGAACAAUCCCGCGGCCCGGGUUGGUUACUUCCAAUUGUUCCCGGACACUUUGACCACGUUCAACGAGGAUUGCGUAAACACCGUCUCGGAAGCUUCCAAUUUCCCGAAAACGGAGAUCCAAGAGAUGUGGAAGGCACCACCGCCCGGAUCAGGAUGCGUUAUCUUCACCGCCAUGGUGCUGGAGAACAACGUUCGAUGGUACGCCGAGGACGGCGGCCUGACCAAAACCCUCUGCGAGGUUGGACCCAAGGAGGUCGAGACAAUCGACGUUGACAGGUGCUGCGCCUGCGACGAGGCGAAGUAUUCGUUGACUAUGGAGGGAAUCUGGUCGAACGUGACCCAUCCGAAAGACUUCCCGUUCUCGGUCUGGUUGACCCACUUCAGCGACGUGAUCGGCGGUUCCCAUGUACCUAGCUUCUCCUUUUGGGGCAAGGACCAUAUAGCCACCGACGGCUUCCGACAACUGGCCGAAUGGGGAUCCGCCUCGGGGGUGGAGGCUGAACUGAGGGCCAACGCGAACAAACUGAGAACGUUGAUCAAGGCCGCCGGCCUUUGGUACCCCAACGUAAACAGUAACACGAGCACCAGUUUCAGAGUGGACAAAGGUCAUCCAAUGCUCUCUGUGGCCUCCAUGUUGGGACCGUCCCCGGAUUGGGUGGUCGGUGUCAGUAAGCUGAAUCUCUGCAGAAAGGACUGCACCUGGACGAAAAGUGAAAUCAUCGAUUUGUACCCUUGGGACGCGGGCACCGACAAUGGUAUCUCAUACAUGUCGCCGAAUUCCGAGACAAAGCCGCGGGAGAAGAUGAAGCCCAUCACCACACUGUACCCCGAAGAUCCUAGAGCACCUUUCUACGAUCCCACUGGACGACCUAUGCUCCCAUUGGCCAGGUUGUACUUGAACAGGGAGAAGCUGAUCCCACGUGGCUGCGACGAGGAGAGCCUUCAGGAGCAAUUGUCGCAACUGGAGGUCGCUGAGAACACCGAGGACACCUCUAGACCUGAAUGUCAGACCACGGACUACACCGCCUGGUCGACCUGCUCGGUGUCUUGUGGCAAGGGAUUGAGGAUGCGUACUAGGUCCUACUUGAUGCCGCAGAAAGCAGCCAUGUUCCAGUGCAAUAGGCAGUUGGUCUCAAAAGAGAUGUGUGUUGCAUCGAUUCCAGAAUGCCCAGGGGAAGAAGAGGGAGACGAUGGCGUGCUGGGGGUUGUUAACAACGCGUUCUGCGAAACUACUGAAUGGGGCGAGUGGUCCGAGUGCUCGUCCUCCUGCGGGAUCGGGAUGAAGUUGAGAACGAGGAGGUUCAAGGACCGUAUGGGUCGUAAAAGGUGCCCUCACGUCUCCCUCGUUGAGAAAGAAAAAUGCAUGGAGCCUCCGUGCGCGGACGGCGUCGAGGAACAAAUUGAUCCUACGUGCAAGGUAACUGAAUGGUCCGACUGGUCACCUUGCAGUGCGUCUUGCGGAAAGGGGGUGAAAUUGAGGACCAGAUUGCUGAUGGUCGAACCUUCGGAGCAACACAAGUGCUCCUCCAAGAUUGAGCUACUUCAGCAGCGACCUUGUUUGGAACAGGCUGACUGUACCUUUGAUAUGGCCACCGCGAAAGUGGUCUGCAUGGAGGAGGCAGAUCCUGGACCAUGCAGAGGCUACUUCCAAAGAUGGGCGUUCGUUCCUCAAAAAUUGAUGUGCGUACCUUUCGGAUACGGUGGUUGCCGCGGUAACAGAAACAACUUCUUGACUGCCGACGAGUGCAGUAACACUUGCGGAAUCGUACGAUCAAUCCUUACUGGUGAACCGCUGAACAAUACCAAUUCUCUGCGACCGUCGCAAUCUGAAGCUCCAGUCGAUUGUCUUGUCUCCAGCUGGUCACCUUGGACACACUGUAGCGUCACUUGCGGUACAGGUCGCGUCAGCAGUCACCGAACAAUUAAGCAAGAGCCACAGAACGGCGGCCGUCCUUGUCCAAAGAAGCUGCAACGUCGUUCCCGGUGCCAGCUCGCCCCGUGCGAGUAGCACUUCAAAUAAACUCGAUUCAAGAGCAGCGAAGCUAAAACAAGCAAACAGAGACGACAGGGUUCACACGCCGUUCACACUUUCAGAGAGGAUCGUGACCCGUUAAAAAGUAAAUGGCUCGCGGCACACGUAAGUAACUCGAUUCACGAACGAGUCAGCUUCGGUCCCCCAAGGUAUUCGUUCGUGUCACCAAAAAGGGAAUUCCUUGGGUGUAAGUUUUCUUUUUCUACAAAAAGAUCGAUGGGUAUGAAAUAAACCGAUGUA